AUGGACAAAAUCUGUUCGGUCCAGCUCUGCCUUGGGCUCCUAACUGUUUUCUCCAUAAUGCUGUUGAUACCGUCUGCACAUGGAAAACCUCUUGCACUACAAGAAAACCAAGGGUUUCCGGAGAGAGGAGACACCAAUCACCAAGAUGUGCUGCUGACGCUGCUGCUUAACAAAAACCUCGGCUGGAGGCAACCAGCGGAUAGCAACUUGGAGCUGGCAAAGAAAUUUGAAGAACUUGAACAGCUGGCGAAGUUAAAGGAGCAGCUUUUGGCUGGGGAAGGCUCUGAGGAGGCCUAUGCUGAGGUGGGUCUGCUGCCAUCACACCCUGACAAACGCGCCUGCUUUUGGAAAUAUUGUGUGUGAAGCCCCACUGGGACUGGAAGAGAGAGAGAAGGAUGGCCCUGAAUUGCCUCGCUGUGGUGUCCCUGUGUUAACGUAUCUUCUGAACCUUCAUCGUGCUGCUCCCUUGGGUACUUUUCCCAGCGAGGAGCUAGGCAGGGCCGCAGCCAGGAUCGACGGGAAUUCGGACAAGACCAGGAAAUGCCCACGUUUCACUUCUUCUUCCCUCAUACUUCCCUCCUCCUCCAUUUGUUAUAGCAUCUGCCUGCCCUGUCUCCUUUCAGUCUAUCACCUGUUUAGUCUUAUCCCUCAACUUUUCCUCACCUCCUCUUUUCUCCCGGUCCUCCUAGUGCCUCCCCUU